AUGGAGAUGGCCUUGUCAUGCCUGGCCUCGCCCUGGCGCGGCCGGCUGCACUCCGUGUCGCCCCCACCGUGCCGGGGCCCGGUGCCCAAUGGGCCCUCGGGAUUUCCUCCGACGACGAAGCGCCACUUCCAUGAAGCCCGCGCGGAGCAGACCUCCUUGGACUUCACACCGCCACCCAGGAACCUCUGUGCCUUGACGCCCUCCGUCGUGGCGCCCUGGCUGGUCGUCGACCUCCCAGAGAAGCCAGUGGAGAAAGCCGACAAGGCAGCCAAGCGCCAGGAGCUCGCAGGAAGCCCCAAAGCCGACCGUUCCAUGCGCUACGUGGAGAAGAAAGAGGUGCAGCGCCAUCUGCAGUUUUUCAGCGUUCCGAACCUGGAGAUUACCGCCCACAAAGGAGCCCGAGAGCUUCGCCACAGCGCAUCUUUGGACGCCUUUGGGAUCCCCUCACAGUCACAGGCAAAGUCGGGGAAGGCUAAGGUGGCUAAGACUGCUGACGGUUCGAUGGAGGAGGACCACCCUGCCCCGGACUUCUAUGUGCAGCAACAACGCCCGACACGCGGCCUUCCCGUGAAGGCCACCUCGGCCCGUCUCACAGGACCGGCCCUGCGCGCCUUGGCAGAGCUCGAGGCGGUGGACGCAGUGGAUGCCAAGAGGGAGCGGCCCGACCGGCGGAGGGUGAGCUUCAAGCCAUCCAAGGGCUUCAAGACCCUGGUCGUGAAGGAAGAAGGCGAUGGCGACCUGACAAAGACCAGCGCACAAAGUCUGACGACAACCACAGGAGCAUCGCACCAGGCCUCACAAGCAUCGUUGGCCUCGAGCAGCUCGAUGCACGAAGUGCCUGAAGUCUCACCCAUGGCCGCCGAGUCUGACACCUUACCUGAAGCCGCCACUGCAACAUGCUGA